CUGUAGUGGAGAGGGUGACACCUAUGACUCUUCGCCAAGGGAGCCCGGUAUACGCACCUAACUGUAGUUAUUCUAUCAGCUCUCCCUUCAAAAUUCGCCGACUAUUAACACCAUCAACUUCGACUGGAGGACUUUUUUCCCUUUCCUUUUUCUGCACGCGCAGAAAUCCACACAAUCUUAAUGGAAGGAUGCUGUGUGCUGCAAAAACCACAACUGAAAGGAGAUCAAGCUAGGACAUCUGACAGCCGCUGACUUAUGAGGAGUGUCACUCCCCUCUGCCCAUCACAUCUGACCGUUAGUUGACCCUUUCAUCAACACCCAACACUUGUGAAAAGCCCCUUGUUGACACACCUCAUCAACCAGGCAGAAGUGCUAGCAAUCGAAAAAACAAAAUAACUAAAUGGGGGCGAAUCGUUGCCUGAAGCUGCUCAUACAAAAGUAGCAACAUGAUGCCACAGUUCCCAAAUGCACCAUUUGGCUGAAGUUGAAUUAGAAAAUUCUCAGCGAUUUUGUCAUUUUUUUAUGACAAAGCAGCAGCUGUAAAAACUAAAAGUUCAACAAAAAACACACAGAAUGAGAUCAGCGAUGCUUUUGCCCGUUUUGUUCGCUCUUCAAGCUGGGUGCACCAGCGUGGCCCACGCCAUGCAAAACUACCCCGCGGCCUGGGGGCACUAUGACGUGUGUAAGUUCCAGAUCUAUACAGAGGAGGGACUGGCGUGGGACUACAUGGCCUGUCAGCCAGAAGGCACUGACAUGACGAAGUACCUGCGAGUGGCCCUCGACCCCCCAAACAUCACGUGUGGAGAGCCGCCAGAAACGUACUGCGCUUUGGAGAAUCCUUACAUGUGCAACAAUGAAUGUGAUGCUGCCACUGAGGAGCUGGCUCAUCCUCCAGAGCUGAUGUUUGACUUUGAAGGUCGCAACCCCACCACGUUUUGGCAGUCCACCUCAUGGAAGAAAUACCCGAAGCCCCUCCAGGUGAACAUCACGCUGUCAUGGAACAAAACUGUCGAGCUGACUGAUGACAUCGUACUGACCUUUGAGUCAGGCAGACCUGAGCAGAUGGUCCUGGAAAAGUCCCUGGACUACGGCCGGACCUGGACCCCGUACCAGUUCUACGCGACAGACUGCCUGGACGCCUUCACCAUGGAGCCCAAGACGGUCGGAGACCUCACUCAGCGCACUCUGCUGGAUAUCAUCUGCACUGAGGACUACUCCAGAGGCUACGUGUGGAAGAACGACAAGACGGUACGAUUUGAGAUAAAGGACCGCUUUGCCCUCUUUGCCGGGCCUCGGCUACACAACAUGGCCUCGCUGUACGGCCAGCUGGAUACCACCAAGAACCUGCGGGACUUCUUCACCAUCACUGAUCUGAGGAUUAAGCUGCUAAAGGCAGCCACUGGAGCCACCAUGGUGGAUGAGAACAACCUGUCCAGAUACUUCUACGCUAUUUCUGACAUCAAGGUGCAGGGCAG